AGACAUUCAAAAAGCCGGCUAUCUCAUAUUAUUGUUAUUGUUAUUAUGUAUGCGAAGGCAAAUCAAGUGCUUCGAAAUGCGCGUUUCUCAAGUCGACGCGCCGUGAGCUAUGUGCUGGGCAUCGAGACAUCUUGCGAUGACACAGGGAUUGCCAUAGUCGACACGGCAGGAAAGGUCCACGCCAAUGUCUUGGAAUCCCAACAAGAGUUUCACACGCGCUAUGGCGGCAUUAUACCACCACGGGCACAGGAUCUGCAUCGGGCACGCAUCGCUGACGCAUUUGAACGCUGCCUGGCGGAGUCGCAGUUGCAGCCUGAACAACUGGCGGCCAUUGCGGUGACCACAUGUCCCGGGCUGCCGCUCAGCUUGGUGGUGGGAUUGCGUUACGCUCGCCAUUUGGCACGUCGCCAUCAGAAGCCGCUGCUGGCCGUGCAUCACAUGGAGGCGCAUGCACUGCAAGCACGCAUGGAGCACAUUGAAGAUCUCCAGUAUCCGUAUCUCUGUCUGCUCAUCAGUGGCGGCCACAGUCAGCUGGCGAUGGUCUAUGCACCCGGACGAUUGACCCUGCUAGGUGAGACGCUGGACGAUGCACCCGGCGAGGCAUUCGACAAGAUUGCGCGACGUCUGCGACUCUAUGUGCUGCCCCAGUAUCGUCUGUGGAACGGUGGACGAGCCGUGGAGCAUGCCGCACAAUUUGCCCGCAAUCCCGAUGCUUACGAGUUUCCGCUUCCCCUGGCGCGGCAACGCAACUGCAAUUUUAGCUUUGCGGGCAUCAAGAACAAUGCGUUUCGUGCCAUCCGCAACCAGGAGCGAAAUGAACGCACACCAGUCGAUGGCAUAAUAAGUAACUAUAGCGAUUUCUGUGCGGGAUUACUGCGCGCCGUCUCCCGGCAUCUGAUGCAUCGCACACAACGGGCUUUGGAGUUCUGCCUGCAACCAGAGAUGAAUCUAUUCGGCCAGGCGCCACCUACGCUCGUCGUCUCCGGCGGAGUGGCCAACAACGAUGUGAUCUUUGCGAAUCUGGAGCAUCUGGCCAAGCAGUACAAUUGUCGCUGCUUCAGGCCAUCGAAACGGUACUGCUCCGACAAUGGCGUCAUGAUUGCCUGGCAUGGCAUCGAGCAGCUGCAACAUGGCAUUAAACCCGUCUCCAGCCACGAUGUGGACAAUAUUCAGGUGGAGGGCAGCGCGGGAUUUCACGAAUCCGCAAUGGAAAGGCUCCAGGAGGCAGCUAUCAAGUGCAGAUGGGUGCAGCCGCUGUGAAGCAGAGUCUUGGAUAGAAAUCCUCCAAGGAGUUGUAAUUCAAUUAAAAGCUAAUCUGUGGGUGUUCCUUCUUCAACUUGGAAGGAGUCAGAUGAAAUCCUGUGCAACAAGUGGAAGGCAUCCGGAGUCACCAAAGUUGCUGAAAGACUGACGAACUCCAGGUCGAACUCGUGACAUUAAACAAUAUAAGUUGAUAUAUAUAUAUAUUUGUUGUUGUUUUUGUUUUGUUUUUUUUUUUAUUAUAAUAUCUGAAAUCAAUAAUGUCAAAUGUCUAAGGUCUAAAAAAAAAAUGUAAAAAUUGAUAAUGUAUACAUAUAAAAAUAUUAAAAAAUGCAUUAGUUCGUUUUUUUUCUUUUUGUUGUUGGUUUUUCAUUUUUUGUUGUUUAUGCUGAACUACAAUACAAUUUUUUUUUCUUUCUUUCAUUUGCUUUUUCCAUUUAACUUGCGCAUUUCGCUGCUGUUUGUUGUUGUUUUUAUGGAUUAUUAAUAUACUUAUAUACUUAAGAUUUUGAAUUGUUUUCCGUUUCGUUUCUCAUCCUAUUUUUUUGUUUUUAUUGUAUUGUUUUGCAAUUCUUGCUGGUUGUUGUUGCUUCUGUUUAUUAUAAUUAUUGUUGUUACUUAUAUAUUUCAAUACUCUUACGUUUUUCUUUUGUUUGUUUUUUAUUACAUAAUAGCGUUUACAUACAAUGACGCGUUAUCCUUUUAUUAAAUUAUUUAUGUGUGUGUGUGUGUUGUGUUCUGUGUGUGAAUGCUUCUAUGCUUCUUCUUCUUGUUUGUUUUUGCUUUAUAUUUUUUAUUGCUGUCUCUCCCUUCACACUUCUUCUGGGCUUUCUUUCCUCUCCUAGUUCGUUAGGUUAGGUUAUUUGUUAUUAUUUUAUACUUUUUAUAUAUAGUUAUGCAAAACAGAAAAUUGCAUACUUUUUUCUUCUUCCUCCUCCUCUCUCUCUCUUCCUCUAUCAUUUGCAUCAUUCAAUUUUCUCUUGAUUUUUUUUUUGUGUUUUUGUUUUUUCUUCUCUUAAUUUUGUAUAUAUAUAUAUAUAAAUAAUUUGUUUGCUAUAUUGUUAUUGUUGUUUGUUUUUUGCUUAUUUCUUCAUUGUUUUGUUGUUCAUCUUAUAAGAAAAUUGCGCCAAAAAAAAAAAAAACAAAACAAAACAAAAAGUUUGGAAA